AUGGUAGCUGAUUCAACCUAUAUGUCAAUAUCUGCAAAAUCUUAUCCAUUUUCAAUGGCAGAUAGAUCAGCAUUAAAUAAAGAAGAAAUACUUAUUAAAAAUGAUAAAUUAACAAGUCAAGAACAAUGGCAUAAUGUUCGCCUUUGGUUUUAUAAUCCACGAAAUCGUGAAGUCUGUGGAAGAGAUGGUUCAGAAUGGGCACAAAUUGCUUUUUCCUAUUUUGUAUUAUUCAUGUCUAUGGCUGGAAAUUCAAGUGUUUUUGCUUUUGAUACAUUACGACCAAAUCCUGGUCUUGGUUUUCGCCCUCAAAUAAGUAUUGAAAAAACUUUAAUAAAAUAUCGUUCAUCACAUCGUGAUUCAUGGGGAAAUCAUGAAGGUUGGGGUGUUUAUAAAGAACAAUUAGAUCAAUAUUUAGCUUAUUAUACUGAAGCUGAUGUUCGAUAUCAACAAGUGAUUGAUUGUAAAGGACUUUCAAUUGAAAAACUUCGUCCACAAUUUUAUCAAGGAAAAUCAUGUCUUUUUGAUAUAAAUGUGUUUAACAAGAGUAAAAUACCAUGCAUUACACAGAAAAAUUUUGAAUAUGAUCGUGGUCGUCCGUGUGUUCUCUUAAAACUUAAUAAAAUUUAUGAUUGGGAACCAAUUACAUAUCAAAAUGCUGCUCAAGUACCAGAACAAUUAAAAGCUUUAUGGACAAGUGAAUUUUCUGAUUAUAUAUUAGUUCAAUGUAAUGGAAAAAAUGACAUUGAUCGAGAUUUUAUCUAUGAAAUUGAAUAUUUUUCCCAAAUGAAUACAAAAACAAUAGGUGGAUUUCAUCAGAAUUUCUUUCCAUAUGUUAAUCAAGAUGGUUAUCGAAGUCCAUUAGUUUUUGUUUAUUUUAAAAGAAUUGAAACAAAUGUUUUAAUUAAUGUUGAAUGUCGUGCUUAUGCACAAAACAUUGAUCAUAAUGAUAGUCUAGAAUAUAAAACUGGAAGUGUUCAUUUUGAACUGAUUGUUGAAUGA